UAUAUAUGAAUCUUCACAAAGCUGGCCUGCACACCUUUACUUUUGAAACGACUUCCACAGUCCGGACAGGAACCUUCCACCCACAGUGACAUCCUGACUGGUGAGUGGUGAGGGUGCCUCCCAACUUCCCCCCUCGGUAGCAGGAGCCAGACACCUCCAAACAGCAAACCUCAAGCAUCGACUCCAGCCCGGAGCAUCCUCCCGGUCCUUCCUCUGCUGCAGAUGGGCUCUCCAAUGCAGAAGACUGCCCUCCCCUGCCUGAGUCUCAUCCUGCUUAUCUGGAGCCAGGGUCCCGGGGCCCAAGGCCAAGAAUUCCAAUUUGGGCCCUGCCGCGUGGAAGGGGUAGUUUUCCAGGAACUGUGGGAGGCCUCCUGGGCCGUGAAGGACAUUGUGCAAGCUCAGGAAACCCUGUCCUCUUCCACCCAAGCAUCCCCAGAAAGCCUCUUCCUCAGAACAGAAAGCCGCAUCCUAUUCCUCAAUGUGGUGCUGGAGAACCCAGAGAUGAUCGCCCCCACCUGGCAAGGCCGCUGUGGGAAUUCGAGGCGGCCCUGCCACGUGGUGGGAGUCAGCCUUGGCUCCUUGAGGACGUGGACUCAGCGCUGUUCUCCGAGGCCCCGGGACCCUCUGGCAUCACUAGGAAGGAGGGGGAGGGGGCUUGCCUCUGCCCCCACCCAACACCCGGCACAACUUUUUUCUGUUCUCCAGCAGGAAAAUGAGAUGUUUCCCAUCCGCGAGAGUGCGCGCAGGCGGUUUCUGCUGUUCCAGGCAGCCUUUAAGCAGUUGGACAUAGAAGCAGCGCAGACCAAAGCCUUUGGAGAAGUGGACAUUCUCCUGACGUGGAUGCAGAAAUUCUACCAGCUCUAAUUUCCCAGACUGGAACGCCCUCCUCGUCCUCCCCGUCAUUUCAAGAGUGUCCCUCCCUGUGAUGUUCCCACUCUGAACCACGGGUCCCAUUCUUGGUCCAGGCGUAUCCCCAAAGACUUCAUUCUUUAAGUGGCCCCAACAACAGUCACGAAAUCUCCCUCAGAUGCUGUGAAAAAGCUACAAAGCAGGCUCCUAUAUUUAUUACAUCUCUAUUUAAUUCCUGUUAGUGUUUUAUAUAUUUAUAUUUAUAUGUAAAUAUAA